AUGAUGAUGAUGAUGAUGGUGGUGGUGGUGGUGAUGAUGAUGAUGGUGAUGAUGAUGAUGAUGGUGGUGGUGCUGGAUGAUGGUGGUGAUGAUGAUGAUGGUGAUGAUGAUGGUGGUGAUGAUGGUGAUGAUGAUGGUGGUGAUGAUGGUGAUGAUGAUGAUGAUGAUGGUGAUGAUGAUGAUGAUGAUGAUGAUGGUGAUGAUGAUGGUGAUGGUGAUGAUGUGGUGGUGGUGGUGAUGAUGAUGAUGGUGAUGAUGAUGAUGAUGGUGGUGGUGCUGAUGAUGAUGGUGGUGAUGAUGAUGAUG